UCCACUUUAUUCUCGCCCCUCUCCUUUCUCCUAUUCUUAUGUCUUGAUCUCCUCUUCUCCCAAGUACUUCAUUUCACUUAUUCUUUCAAGGGUUUCAUUUCUCCCCUUAUAUUUCCUCAUUCUAUUGUCUAUUUCUCUGUUCGCAAUCAGCUAAAGGGUUUAUAUUUUCUGCCAGAAUAAAGUAAUUAACUUGAAGAUCGAUAGAAAUGGAGAUGGACUCAUGUGUUCCUCCCGGAUUUAGAUUUCAUCCAACCGAGGAAGAACUUGUUGGAUAUUAUCUCAAGAGAAAGAUUAACUCUCUCAAGAUUGACCUUGAUGUCAUCACUGAUAUUGAUCUCUACAGAAUUGAACCAUGGGAUAUCGAAGGUAGGUGUAAAUUGGGAUAUGAAGAACAAAAUGAGUGGUAUUUUUUCAGUCACAAGGACAGGAAAUAUCCGACAGGAACGAGGACAAAUAGAGCCACAACAGCAGGAUUUUGGAAGGCAACAGGAAGAGAUAAGGCUGUGUUAUCAAAGGAGAAGAUAAUAGGGAUGAGGAAGACGUUAGUUUUCUAUAAAGGAAGAGCUCCAAAUGGAAGGAAAAGUGAUUGGAUUAUGCAUGAAUACAGGCUCCAAUCCUCUGAACAUGCUCCUCCUCAGGAAGAAGGAUGGGUAGUAUGCAGGGCAUUCAAGAAGCCAACUCCAAACAAGCAACCAUGUUUAGAUUUAGCAUGGCAAAAUGCUUAUUAUAUUAGAGGAGCAAACACCACUUAUAGACCUUCUUCUUCACUAUCAGAAAUCCCAAGUCCAAUGCAUCAACCUCUCAACAAUGCAUUCAACCAAACAACAAAUUUCCACCAAUUUACAUUUAAUCCAUCUCAUGAUCAUCAAAAUAUGAUCAUUAAUUCAAGCCAAAAUUACUUUGAGAAUCAACUAGCUGAACUUCCACAACUUGAUAGCCCUACCAUUUCAACAAGUUUGUGUACAAUAGAUAAAAGUCUUGGUGAGCAGAAUUACACAGCCAACAACGAAGACGAUUGCGAAGAAGUGAAGCAUAGUAAUGGGAUUAAUAAUAGCCAAUUUUAUGAUGAUUGGAAGAAUUUUGACACAUUGAUUGAGCCACUUUCUCAUUCUUUCACUAAUCCUCCAUUAUUGAAUCGCGAUGACUCUCAGAAUCAUAUAAGCCAUUUGCUUGACUGUCUCCCCGAUUUAUAGCUUCCAAUCCUUCAAGAAGAUGGUUUAUAUUAUCAAAAUAUUUUAACAAUUAGAGAAUCUUUUUUUUUCUCUUGGCAGCAAAGAAUUUCAAGGACAAAAGAAAAGGUAAAGGGGAAAAUUUGGAAUUAAGGGAAAAGGGCAGCUGCAAGGCAUAUGGCCUUAGAAUUCAAUUGUUCAUUUAUCUUUCAUUUAACUAUUUUAAGAUGUUAACUGUGAAGUAAUGUUCUCUGUAU